GGUGGUUCACAUCACAGUGCUGACCGCAAAAUAUACCACGAUAGAGACAUCCUCUGGUGUAGAGUACCAAUGCUACCGCAGUGUACCGGACAGAGAUGCCUCAUUGUUAUUUGGUCGAUCUGCACCUAUUACAACAGACAAAUCACCACCAAGUGAUCAGCAACAUCAUGUACAUAGUCAUAUCAGAGUGGUCAAAUUCCCUAACAGCAAUAAUUGGCCUUCAGAUGGUUUUGGUCCCUUCUACUGUGAAGCUGAAAAAGAAAAUCGAGAAAAUACAAGGGUUACUACAUUUUUCCAGAGAAGUGAUGCUAAAUUCAUAACAAGUGAUGGCGUGUUUACAAAGACAGUCAAUGUGAAUGACACAGGAGUGGUGAUCUCAAUGACUAAUCGAUACCAACCUGAUGAUAAUGGCAAUGUGAUUACAUGGAGGAAAGAUGGUGGUGAUGUUCUUACACAAUUUGAGGGACAGACCAAUAUCAGCUUCCCAAACCCAAUCCAGAUAUCAGACCAAGGGAUUUAUGAGAUCUACUAUGAUGGCGAGAGGGAUCAAAACAGAGGAGGAAUAUUCCGACUUAUUGUCAGGGAAUGUCCUGCUGGUAAGUGGGGUCCACCUGAAUGCUAUGGUAUCUGUGAUAACUGCUAUAACGGUGGAGUCUGUGAUGACAAGUCUGGUCUUUGUAUCUGUCCUAACAACUUCAUGGGAGAAAACUGUUUAGAAAUUUGCAGGGAUAAUGGAGGAAAUAAGUUUGGAUUAACCUGUGAAUUUUUUUGCUCAAGUGGUAACUCGCCCACUAGCUGUCGUGGAAAUUUGUUUUGCCUACCUGAUCCUUAUGGAUGUUCAUGUGAUGUUGGUUCUCAAGGUCUUGCAUGCGAUAGUGGUUGUGAUGUUGGCACAUAUGGUCCAGGGUGCUCACAAACAUGUAACUGUGAUGUAUCAUCAUGUAACUCUUUUAGUGGAAUAUGUACUACAGGUGGAUGUCAGUCUGGCUGGUCAGGGAACAAUUGUCAAAUUCCUGAUAUAUGUGAGGCUGGUUACUAUGGAUCUCAAUGUACUGAUAAAUGUCAUUGCAUGGAUGAUGUAUCAUGUGAUAAAACAACAGGAGCAUGUCCUGAGAAGUGUGCCUUAGGAUACAGCAUACGCGACGGUCAGGAAAAUUGUCAAGAGUGUGAAGGAGGAACCUUUGGUCUGGAUUGUCUUCAGCAAUGCCACUGUGCUCAAGAAGCCUGUGAGAUACAGAGAGGACUGUGCGAUGGACAGUGCCUUGAUGACUGGUUUGGACCCUACUGCCAAAGAAUAUCACGUUAUGAAGUAGUAAGAGUAAAUCCAUACCAACCAUCAAUCAUCACAUGUUAUGCUGAGGGGAUCCCAAUUCCUGAUGCCUCAUCAGUUGAUCUUCGUCGGCGUAUUGAUACCAACACUUACAACAUCACAGGAAUCACCAUGCGAUCAAGCUCUGUAUCAGGGUCAGAAAGGGCUGUUCCCUUUGAUAUUGAAAGUGUUUAUCCACCAGAAGAUGGGGACUAUGUCUGUGGUCUUAUUGUACAAAACCAGUUCUACUCACCAAGCAUUAUUAAUAUUAUUAAAGCAACUUAUGUUCUUCCUGUCAUAAGUACGGCACCAUCUAUUGUCAGCACCACUUCAACUACAGUAUCUAUACAAUGGAAUGCCUGGUCUGCAGGAGAAGACAUAGGUGAUCCUCCCCUUAUAGGAUAUGAUGUAUUUGUAAGAAAAGGUGGUGACUGGGUAAGAGAUCAGAGAGUAGGUAACUCAAGCACUUCAGCUACUGUUAGUGACCUGACUCCUGACACAGGCUACAGGUUUCGUGUUGCAGCCGUGAGGGAAGGAGAGGGUGGAACAGGACCUUGGUCUCCAAAGCUUGAUGCAAUCACUCUUUGUACAGGACCAAGGUCUCCCCCAGCUGGAAUACAGGUGACAGCCAACAAUCCUAAAGAACUAGAAGUGACAUGGGAGUUCCUCUCAUUGGAAUCAGCAAACUGCAGGACUGGUGUGACCCAUUAUAUGAUCUACUAUGCUCUCUCUGGUUCAUCGUCCACAAGCUCUCGCAUAGUUUCUAAUGAUACAAGCUCAUAUAUGAUAACAGGGUUAGAGACCUAUCUGGACUAUACCAUUCAAAUAAGUGCUUCAAAUAAAGAUGAGGAAGGUCACAAGAGCAGUGAGACAAUUAGCAAAACACAGGAAGAAGUUGCACCUGCACCCAUCAAUCUGUCUAUACCAAGGAGUACCACCAGUACCUUCACUGUUACAUGGUCCACUCCGACACCGGCUAACCUGAACGGCGACAUCCAGAAGUAUGUCAUCCGCUACCAGCAAACCGAUCCACCUACUGCUGAUAACUAUACGUUGGAAGAAGAUACAAACGGUUUGCUCGAGUAUACCGUUGAAGGCCUGCAAGCAGAAACCAAUUACUCAGUGCAGGUGCAGACUGUGAAUGGAGCUGGUUCUAGUCAUUGGUCAGAUCCUGUUAAUGCUAAGACAAUAAAAUCAGGGGUAACGUCUGGUCCGUCAGUAGGAUCAAUAGUAGGGGGUGUGAUGGGUGCUUUCAUUAUAAUCGCUCUUGUCGUCAUUCUCGUCUUUGGCAUCCUUAGAAAAAGAAGAAAUCAAGAAGAGCAGAAUUCAAUGCCAAAUAAUAAGACAAAUGGUGUUCCAGCCGUCAUAUACGAAAACCAAGAGAUCGUGGACCAGAACAAGGCAUGCGAUAGCUUCUUGUAUGAUAAUGUGGCCAUCGAGAAUUACACCUACUUGUAUGAAGGAGUUGACAUCGUACCUGCAACAGGCUCAACCUCAAAACCAGCCAUCCAACCAAGGGUGGAAUCCAAAAAUGUAAAUGGCAAGCCAGUGGCUGUCGUACGACCCGAGAAACCUGAACCCAAGGAAAGGCCUCCACCGCAACCAAAGCCGUUUGCUGUCUAUGCCAAAGAGAAAGCCGACAUCAACCUCCCCAUUAAUGAUGCUAACCAUUAUGAGGAACCGGGGAAGAAGAGCGACAAGCCGACGAUUGUGCCCAGAGACCGAUCAAGGAGUCAGGAGAAUCUUGAAGAAAGUGAGGAGCCAGGAGGGGAUAUUUACCAGAAUGUGGCAUCUGUAAAAGUGAUCUUGGCGACAGACCUUGAGGAAUAUGUGAAGGACAAGAAACGUGGACAGACCAAUGAAUUGGCUCAGGAGUUCAGUCUUAUCAGUGUGAACCAAAUACAUCCUUGGACAGUUGCAUCCAAAGAGAAGAACAAGCCUAAGAAUCGCUUCAGGAAUAUCAUCGCAUAUGAUCAUUCCCGUGUUGUGAUAGAGAAAGUGGAUGGUGAUCCUCACUCAGACUACUACAAUGCUAACUACAUCAAUGACUUCAGAGGAGACAGAGCCUUCAUUGCAUCACAAGCACCUAACACGGCAUCCUUGACUGCUUUCUGGAGGAUGCUCUGGCAAGAGAAUGUUGCAACAAUCAUCAUGGUUACCAACUUGAUUGAAUCAGGAAAGGAUCGUUGUAGGCAGUACUGGCCCAAGAACCCAAGAACCGUUGAAGUAAUUGGUGACUUCUCCCUCUUCUUGGUAGAGACUGAACAAUUCUCAGACCACAUUGUGCGGACUGUUAUGGUUAAAAGGACUGGAGAUGGACUGGAUGAUGAUGAUGCAGAUGAGGAGAAGAGAACUAUUACGCAAUACCAUUACCUGUCUUGGCCUGAUAUGGGUGUGCCGGAGCAUUAUACCACCCUCAUCAAUUUCACCGAGUCUGUCAAGAAACAUCAUAGGAGGCUGCAAUCUGCAGGCCAUGAAAGUCCUAUGCUUGUUCAUUGCAGUGCUGGCGUUGGGAGGACAGGAACCUUCAUAUGUCUCUACAACAUGCUUGAUAUGAUGAGGGAAGAAGGCAAGAUAGACAUCUUUGGCUUUGUCUCAAAGAUGAGAGACAACAGGUUCAAGAUGGUCCAGACAAAGGAGCAAUAUAUCUUCCUGUACAAUGCCUUGUUGGAGGUCUACCUGAGUGGUGACACCGAGAUACCAGUUGCCAAAUUCAGAGAGAAGAUGAACACCCUGCACAGGGCCAACUCGGUAACAAAGAAGGAAAAUAUUCAGGUAGAAUUUGAGACUCUUCAUGCGUUGACUCCAACACCGGCUGCUAAUAGCUUUCGAAGUGGCAGGGCCUCCAUUAAUCAAAAGAAGAACCGUUUUCCUGACAUUUUGCCUCUGGAGCGUAACAGGCCAUAUCUUGCAUCCGCUGGGUUUGCUGAUAGUACCGACUUCAUCAAUGCUUCAUUCAUGAAUACAUUCCUGAAGAAGGAUGUGUUUCUAGCCACCCAGUCUCCUUUACCUAACACAGUGGUUGAUCUGUGGAGACUUGUAUUUGAUUGGAAGUGUCCAGUCAUUGUCAUGCUCAAUGAAUCGGAUAGGGAUGACUGUGUCCAGUACUGGCCAGAAGAGGGCAGCAUUGCCUUUGGAUCACUGGAGGUGACCGCUCUGGAAUCGGAGAGUACAAUGAACUUUGUAAAGAGGAAUCUAAGCCUUUCCAAUGACUUAGGAGAGAGUAUGACAAUUGAACAUUUUGAGAUGCUAGGAUGGGGUAUGUCACACAACAAACCAGACUCUCCUUUAUCUUUAAUUAAACUCAUCGAAGCUGUUGAGGGCAGCAUUAAGAAGGCAGAGAGCAAGGGACCAGCUAUUGUCCAUUGCAUAAACGGUAUCGGCCGCAGUGGAGUGUUCUGUGCUUUGUGGUCCAUUAUGGAGAAACUGAGGAAAGAUAAUACCAUAGACAUCUUCCAAGCCGUCAAGAGACUCAGAUCAAGCAGACCUAACAUGGUUGAAACAUUGGAUCAGUACGAGCUUUGCUAUGAUGUCGUUAAUCAACAUUUGCAUCAGUUUGAGGAAUAUGCAAAUCUGGACGUGCUGUAAAUCCAAAGAUGAACUCCGUCAUUUGGCCCACGGUUAUUUUCUAAAUCAAUGACACAAGUCGUAUGUUUACGUGCAUUGUUUUGUGAUGGCCUUUUCUUGAGACACUGUGUAACCUCUUCAUUCACCUACACAGCAAGUACAUCGGUGAAUGAAGAGGAAACAUGAUCUCCGCAGACUCGAGAUGGGUAACUCACCUCCAGACCCAUUAACACAAAGCCUAGCGAUUGAUUAAUUAAGAUGAAUUUUGUAUAGAAAAGAGUACAUUAUGAUCAAUCCAGUUAUUUACAUAAAUCUGUCUUAAUAUCGAUUGUAAGUCAAGUGAAAGAGAGCCACUCAACCACUUCACCCUCUUCAUCCAAGCGUCAACUUCCUCAUUGAGUAUUUUCCAUUGAGAAGAACAUGAUAUCUUUACGAGUCAAGUCUGUGCUUAUUUUAUUAGAAAAUGACUCUGGUCAUUCUCUUUUCAAGGUCAAUGGUCCAAACCCAGCGUCAUGUCUAAUUGUAGGUAAUUGAUUCACGUAUGUGAGAACUUAAUCAUACUCUAUUACUAUAAUCACUUGUUUUGUAUACAUGUAUUGCCAUAUUACCUGUCUCAUUAAAAAGUGAGAAAAGUAAUUGUUUAAGUGAUAUACAACAACUUUUACAUUUCAAACAACUAUUUUGUAAAUUGUGGCCCUUGUCUUCCUAGAUGUAAUACAUCAAAACAUUCAGUCAGACCCUCUUAUCUAUUAGGAUCAAGCAAUUUUAUUUGGGUAGAACAAUACGAUGUGUCCUGUUAGAGUAAAGACUGUUUUUAUAAUUUCUAUGAUGUCUUUAUUGAUGUUACAUGAAAAGCUGGCUUGUCGAUGUAAUUAGUCAUGCACUGAAUCUUUUGGGUGAUGUCUUUAAGAAUGAACACAGAAACACAUACUGCUCUCAUUAAAGUUUUGAAAGUUUAUUGAAACUCAAGACCUCUAGGGGAAACAGAGGACAAUGAAAAGUUACAACAUUACAUGUAUACAUAGAACAGUUGACAAUAAUAAUGGAUUCUUGAUAUGCUUAUCUCUUGAUUAUAAGUGAUGGUAAUUGUAUUGACGAUGUAUGACUAUUUUAUCAUGUUUACCUUUAUUACAACUCUUUGAGAUAGAAUUUUAAACUGUGCUUCUCGAUGUAAACUCAGGUUGCAAUUUGGAUAGGUUGAUUUUUCAUAUCUUUUUUAUUUAUUCAUGUUUAAAUCUUAUCAGUACCAGGAAUAUGAGAAAUCUCACUUGAAUUUGUUAUGUUCAUUUGCUAUGACUUGCCCAAUUAAAUGAACGUGAAACAAUUUUUUAAAUCAUGAUAAGCAAUCACAAUGUGUGACAAUUUUACCUUCCUUUAUGUUUAUUUACUUUUAUUUGUGUUUUUCUGCCCUUCUUUCUGUCCCAUAUUGUUCUCCUUUAUCUCCCUCCAGUUCUUUUUAUCCCCAGCAUAACAAUUAUCUUUCCCCUCAUGUGUCGUAAUCAAGAGGUUUAUUUAUGGAAUAUGUUUUUACUUUAGUAAAUCAGAAAGAUAUUGUAAUGUUAUACAUACCAGUACUAAUAUAUGUGUUUCUAUCAGGAAAUUAGGCCAAAAUAGUACUUUCUUCCAAAGUUUACUUAAUUUACAUAUGAAAUUAUUGUAAUAAGUUAAUUGAAUUGGUCAUUUUUUUUUGGUAGUAGUUGCCUUGUUAUGACCUCACCAUGUAGCAUAAUAUACAAGGUGUGUGGAUUAAACUGUUAAGAUGUAUGCCUCUGUUUGGGAUAUUGUUGUAUUUUUAUGGCUUUAACUUGCAUAAUAUAGUUAAUGUUUCAUAUAAAAAAAAUGUAUGCACUUUCUUUUUACUGCUUUUAGAUGGAUAAAGAACUGACAUGUAUAUUUUGCUGUUUCAUAGGUAAUGAAUAAAUCUAUAUUUUAUUUUUCAACUGGUAUAUUAUAUUUUGGACUUUGAAUUCCAUUCUUGCUGAAUAAAUAUUGAAAUAGUACUAUUGACAAUAGAUUUAAGAUGUUUAUAUUGUGAAAUAUAUAUUGGACUUCACUACACAUAAUUUUGGGAAAAUUCUAUAAUUUUUUUUAGAAAAUUCAUAUUGAUGAUAUUUUUUGCUUUAUUACCUUUGACCACUUGGAAUAACCUAUUCUUUUUUUUUUAUAUGUCUCUUAUAGGACUUAUGCGUAUUUCAUGUUAUUUUUUGUUUUAUGUUUUAUAUUUAUCUUUGUUUAUAUUUCAUAUAUAUUUCUGUCACUGUUACCAUAAACAUGGAAAACUAUUUUCCAAAAAUUUAUUUUGAUAAUAUCUUGCUUUGUACCUUUGACCACCUGGAUAACUUUUUUGGUGAAAUAUGUGUCUUAUUGAACUUCAUGUUUAACCUAUUUCACGCUAUUUGUAGAUGUAUGUUUCUUUUAUUUUUAUUUUUUUUCAUUGUCAUGGAAAACAAUUUUCAUAAAUUUUAUAUUAAUGAUAUUUUUUUUUACGUUUGACCACCUGAAAACAUAUAAAAUAUUGUCCUGUUUGUUAUGGGAUUGCAUGGCUUGUAAUCUCCUACAAAUUUCGGAUUGAUAUUUUGGCAUUAUAAACUUUGACCACAUGGAAAUAUUAAUGAAAUCUAAUAUUUUCAAAACCUUGUUUCGCCAAUAUUAUUUUUUGCAUUGUCACUUUCCCACCUGGAGAUGGGUUUUUAGGAAUCUCAUAUUGAUGACAUGUUUGUAUUUUUACAUUUGCCCACCUGAAAUAUGUGUUUGAGGAAUUCUGUACUAAUACAUAUUAUUUUGCAUUGUUACAUAUGCCCUUGCAUUGGACCACCUGUAAUACUUUGGUUAUAAUUAACGUAAAAGUUUCAUAUAUAUUGCUUCAAGCUUAAGUAUAAUUGUUGACAAUGUCAUAAUUGUUUACAAUUAAAAAUAUUUGAAUAGAUGUUAGAAGUAGGACAAAUUCUGUGUUCGUGUCAGCUUUAUAAUUUCAAUUUUCUAUCACGUUUUUUUUUCUUUUCUCUUUGUUUUAUAUACCAAAAAUGCUAAACAAAUUAUUCGAAGAUUAAGCCAAAAGUGAUAUGCUGUGAAGUGUUUUGCUAACCUUAAUGAUAAACAAGAGGCAAAAUGGAGUCAUUCUGCCUUUGUCACUGAGAUCAUUUCAUGUAGUGUAUGUCAGGAAAUGUAUUUAUUAUUAUUGUUAUCAUUAGUAUUAUUAUUAUUAUUGUAGCAAGAAUAUAUACAGAUCAAAUAUGAAA